AUGAAAAGCUCUUGUUCCUCUUCCUCCAAUAACCAUAAACACUCGGCAGUCAGGAAAGUAAAUGUACCCUCGUUGGUCAUGGUGAAUAGUCCACGUGUGCAACAACAAGGUUCAUCCUCCCACUCGGAUCAUCUGGUUGUUGUUUCGGCUCAUGCUUCAUCGGCGCAUCCAGCUACAACCUCCUCAACCAGGAAUUCAUCUCCUCGAUCAUCAUUGAACAAUUCAAUGACUUCUUCCUCAUCGUCAAACUCUCCUCCACAACAAUUGCCACGCCUUCCAUGCAAGGAAUUUCAUUCUCCACAAAUCAAACUCCAUGAACGAGAUUUACUUUCCAGCGCAGACAAUUCCAGCAUUAUGGCAUUCAUGCCUUAUUUGAGAAUAUUUGCACCAGGACUUCAUCGUGUCUUAUCGUGUCAGUCAUUUGUGAAAUCACUCUCUGUGGACGAACAAGUGUGUAUGCAGAGUUUGGUGUGUUAUGUGUAUGGACAUGUCGUCACAUUUGAUCGAGAUUUACAAUCCUCUCUGAGAUACUUGUUGUGUUUACAGGAGGCUCAUGGAGAUUUGGUUGAAAUUAAGCAACAAGCUCUCGAACAUGUGAAAAGUUCUCUUCGAAUUUCGAAUGUGUUAAAUGCUCUCGAAAUGGUGGAUGCUUAUUUAGUUCGAAUCGAUCAAUGUUUCUAUGGAAACAACAAGAUCUUGGAAAAUGAUGAGAAUGGUGGUCUCUCAAGAAAUGUCCAUGUUGUAAAUAGCGUCAUUUCACAACAAACACCACCGCAACGAACGGAAGAUGGCUCCACAAGGAUGGAAGAUCAGAAAAACUCUCCAUGGUUGCAACAACUGUUGCAUUCCUAUCCAUCAAACAGCACCUCUCCUCUCAAAAUUGUACGAGAUUAUUGUCUCAGUUUUAUCAAGCGCAAUGUCUAUGAGCAAGAAUUCGAUCUUCGUUUCAAUCCACGAAUUGAAAAAUAUAUUUUCCAAUUCUACAAUAGAAAACCAACAGAUAUGGAACCAUGGAAGGAACGUAAAUAUGUGGUACCUUCAAACGCCUUGGAAUUGCUCUUGGAAGAUCCACUCUCAGAUCAUGAUUUUGCUAUUUGUGUGAAUGAGAAUGAAUUUAUCCAGGUUCACAAAACUAUACUUGCAUCGAAUAGCUUAUUCUUUGAAUCCUUAUUACAACAUCAGCAGCAUUCCAACACUUCCAUCACAGGUGGAAGUACUUCCAUUUUCACCGAUAUUCGAAAUCAAGUGUUUUAUCCUCAACCCGAUACAAACGUGUGUCCGCUCUGA